AUGGCUGUACUAACAGAAGAUGGUUCGUCGGGCAGGUUUCGGCACCACGUUUCCUUUGACAACAUCCCAGUCGGCGAGGCAACCAAGAAUAAUGUACUGGGCUACACGAUCAAUCUGACGCACGAUGGCUAUCAACCCAAGCGACGGUCGCGGACCAUGAUGGCCGGCGUUGACCAGCAUUUCUACUCCGACUAUGCACUACAGUGGCUGCUCGAGGAGUAUGCCGAGGACGGAGAUGAGGUCAUUUGCGUGCAUGUCUCGGAAAGAGACAGCCGCGACGACAAGAAUUACAAGCCGAAAGCCCAGGCAAUGGUUGAGCGGAUAAAGCAGAAGAUUCCUCCGGACUGUGCGAUUAGCAUCAAGUUGGAGUAUGCGGUUGGAAAACUACAUGAGACUUUUCAGAAGCUGAUUUACAUAUAUCAGCCUUCAAUGCUGGUUGUGGGCACACGCGGCCGGUCCCUUGGCGGUAUCCAAGGACUUGUCAACACGCGAAACUCGUUUUCAAAGUACUGUCUACAAUACUCGCCAGUGCCAACCGUAGUGGUCCGCGACAUCGACAAACGCAAGAAGAAGAAAGAGAAGCGGAGCCAAGAUCCGAGCAGGCAGAGUUAUCUUUCUAUGCUGGCCUCCAAUGACGGAAAGCACGAGGCAGACAGCGAGAAUAGUAGUCUCUAUGAACUGGAGGCAAGGCUCUCGCCCGACGAGGAAGCCCACAGAGUCGCCGCAGCUAUUGGCCUUCCAAGCUCAUUCGACCCCACAAUCGAGGGUGUUGCCCUCGAAACGCGGAUGCAUCCCAGAAUACAGAGCGUACCAACCUCACCUCUGAAGGAGACCCUGCACGCAGAAGAGGUCGCCAGCGCUCUGGCGGCCGUGCCUGCACCACCUUCGACACUUGGCGGCAGCGAUGAUGAUGAGAGCGCCGACGACUCUGGUGACGAGUUUGAGGUCAUGUCUGGCGAGCAGAUCAUCGCCAAGGGAGGUCAAGGCAACCCGGACGAGAAGAUCAAAAAGACGAAGCUUCACCAGAUGGAGGUUGCCGAGGCGGCGGCGCUACGUGAGCAACCGGUUGACGAUGAUGACGACGACGACGACGACGAAGAUAAUACUCAGGGCGGCCCGGGAAGUCAUGAUGGCCAAGGACUGAAAGGGAAGCCUUGA